AGCGGCGGGAACCACCAUUCGGCGCAUUCUUCUGCGUUAGCACAACGGAGUCACCAUGAAUCGAGCAGCUCUAACGUUUUUGUGUCUCUGUGUUCUGGCGCCAUGGGUGCGCUCUAUGAGUGUGACCAAGGAUGGAUUUACAGACAUGGAAACAUUCACAGACGGCGGUGAAGGCGGUUUGGCCAAACUAUUGGAACUCCUGUCUUUAAGCGCGAGCGUUGAUUUGAACGAAGCAGACGACACUUCUGACGAGGAGAGCGUGGACAUAGCAGACGAAAUCAUUAAAGCGCUUGCAGAAGACAUCGAUCUUGAUGAGAUUGUUAAAGGUUGCAGCAAAGGACAGUGCAAUUUCUGUAACCAAAACAAGUUCCUGAAGGUGUGCGUCCAGGCCGGGUUGGUCAAGCUAGGUUUUCAGUUGAGCGUUACAGUGAACGGCCACACUGUCUACAAAAAGGAAGUGAGUAUCAAGAAUCCCCCACCAUUCUGCGUCAACAAAAUCCCUCUCCUGAAGGACGUAACGGACUUCUGUAUCCAGAUCUACGACGUGGACCUCGCGCAAAAGUCCGCGUGCGUCAAGGUCUCGUUCAAGGUCAAGAUAGGUCAUUUUGGGCAGAAGAUCUCGCUGAAGGUCGGUUGCUUCAAGAUCCCCCACGCCAUGUUGGAAGGGAUGGACACCGCCGGUGUCGACCAGGGCAGCGCUCUGAUGUUUACACCAUACCAGAAUAACAAUUAACUUUCACGAAAGACCAUGUUUAAUGACAGUAUAUUACUGAUAUAAUUGUGUGACUAUGAAUAUUAGACCACAUCGCAAGAUAUUUUCGUAAAAUGCCAGCAUUAUGUAAUGUAAGAACUUGGCAGCAUGUGAUAACAAAUAUAAUCAUGUAUCUUUCUUCUUUAACUCAAAAUGUUUGCGUGUAUAAGAAGUUAGAACUGAUUAAGUUCGUCUGAAGUUUAUGAGUGAAUGAUUUGGUAGUUUUUCCACCAAUGAUCGACAAUAGUUGUACGCAAAACUGAUCCAUUUAUAUGUAUUUUGGAGAAUAAUUGAGAAAUAAACCGUUUUAUUACACUA